AUGACGAGAAUCAAAUCUAUGGAGUACUUUCGCGUCCCGCCUCGGUGGCUGUUCGUAAAAGUUACCGACGAAGAUGGAAAUGUUGGCUGGGGCGAAGCAUCUCUAGAAGGACAUACACAAGCAGUUGAAGGAUGUUUAGAUGCGUGGUUUGAGAAGUUCAAAGGACACGACGCUGACGAGAUCGAGCACAUUUGGCAAAUGGCGUGGCGCACUGGAUUUUAUCGCGGCGGGCCAGUUUUUAUGAGUGCACUCUCCGGAAUUGACAUUGCAUUGUGGGAUUUAAAAGGUAGGAAACUGGGUGUCCCGAUAUAUGAGCUUCUGGGCGGCAAAGUGAGGCACAAGCUCAAAGUAUACGCCUGGAUCGGGGGCGACCGCCCAGAUGAGGUGGAACAACAAGCAAUAGCUCGCAAAGAGCAAGGGUUUCACGCAGUCAAAAUGAAUGGAACCGCAGAUGUUUGCUGGCUGGAUUCGCCAUCAGUGCUUGAUGAUGUGGUGAGGAGGAUAAAAGUCGUCAAAAGCCUUGGGAUGGAUGCCGCAGUCGAUUUCCACGGCCGUGUUCACAAGCCAAUGGCAAAGCAAUUGGCCGCUCUGCUUCAGCCGCAUCGGCCUCUCUUCAUCGAGGAGCCACUACUACCCGAGAACAUUGGCGGAAUCAAAGAGCUGGCUCAACUCACCAGUACCCCUAUUGCCCUCGGCGAACGUCUCUACAGCCGAUGGGACGUUCGUCCGUACUUGGAAGCGGGAUGCGUGGACGUCUUACAGCCUGACAUCUGCCACGUUGGAGGCAUUUCUGAGUUGAGGCGGAUCGCAACAAUGGCCGAAACAUACGAUGUUGCCCUAGCGCCACAUUGUCCUUUGGGACCGAUUGCCUUGGCUGCAAAUGUGCAAGUUGACGCAGUGUCGUCCAAUUUCUCUAUACAAGAGAUGAGCCUUGGAAUCCAUUACAACAACACAGGACAGGAUAUUGAAACUUACAUAAAGAACCCUGAAGUCUGGAAAGUUGAUGACGGCUACAUCAAGGUACUUUCAGGUCCUGGUUUGGGCAUAGAGGUAGAUGAAGAGGCAAUCCGGAAGUUGUCUAAGGAUUGCGUACCGUGGGAGUCACCCUCAUUUAGGGGCCCGGAUGGCGAAAUCAGAGAGUGGUAA